UCGCAGACGAAGACGGCGUACGUGUGCGCCGAGUGCGGCGAGGACUCGCGGCAGUGGCUGGGACAGUGCCCGGCGUGCAAGAGCUGGGACACGAUGAAGGCGAUCGCGCUGGCGCCGACCUCGGGAGGCGGCGCGGGGAAGGCGAGCGCGGGCGGCGGGGCGGGCGCGCGAGCGAGGCAAACGAUGCCGAGGAUGCGGUUGAGAGAGGAAUUGGGGAAGGAGAUCGAGCGGGUGUUAGGCGGGGGAGUGGUUCCGGGCGGGAUGAUUCUCGUCGGUGGCGAUCCGGGGGUGGGGAAGUCGACGAUUUUGUUACAGCUCGCGGGACUUCUGGGCGCGCGAGGCGAGGAACGAGAGGGCGAAGAAGACGGCGCGAACGAAUCGAUCGCCGCGGGAGGCGUGCUUUACGCGUCUGGCGAAGAGUCCGUGGAGCAAGUCGCCGGACGCGCCGAGCGCAUGGGGAUUGAUCCGAACGGGAUUUAUUUAUACAGCGCAACGCGCCUGGAAAAUAUUCUCGAGGCGGUGUCGACGCUCAAGCCCGCGGCGCUCGUGGUGGAUUCCAUUCAAACCGUGUUCUUGGAAGACGCCACGGGAAGCCCGGGAAGCGUGUCUCAGGUGCGCGAGUGCGCCACCGCGCUGUUGCACGCGGCGAAAACGACGGGGAUGCCGGUGUUCAUCAUCGGUCACGUCACGAAAUCCGGCGACAUAGCGGGUCCGCGCGUGUUGGAGCACAUCGUCGACGUCGUGCUUUACUUGGAGGGCGACGCCGAUCGAGCCGUGCGCAUCUUGCGCGGGCACAAGAAUCGCUACGGCUCCACGGACGAAGUCGGGGUGUUUCAAAUGAGCGACGGGGGCAUGAAACCUGUGGCGUCGCCGUCGGCGCUCUUCCUCGGCGAACGCAUCUUGAGCCCAGACGUCUCCGCGGCGCCGACGGUGACGGUGCAAGGCUCGCGACCGUUCAUGCUCGAAGUCCAAGCGCUCACGAACGAGCGCGCGGAUGCGGGCGAAGGUGGUGGAAUGAGCGCGCCGCCGAUUCGCACCGCCGUCGGUCUGCGAUUCGAACGCAUGCAACUCUUGCUCGCCGUGCUCGCGAAAUUCGUCCUCGGUCGACGCCUGCAAAAGCACGACGUCUUCAUCAACAUCGUGGGUGGUAUGAAGCUCGAAGAUCCAUCCACGGAUGUCGCCGUCGCGCUGGCGAUCGCGAGUAGUUUCGUCGAGAAACCGCUUCCGCCAGAUAUGUGCUUCUUCGGCGAAGUCGGCUUGGGCGGCGAGUUGCGACCGGUGAUGCAAGCCGAGCGUCGCAUCGCCGAGGCGGCGACGAUGGGGUUCAAGCGCGUGCUCUUGCCCGAGGCUGGAAGCUCGCCAGAGAUGGGUAAAAAGACUGGCAUCGAACUCGUGCGGUGCAACACGCUCGCGGACGCGUUGGAGGCGGCGUUG